CGGUGGUUACACUUAUGUAGUAAGGAAACGUGGCUCAUUUAGAGGAGUGGAAUUGCUACAAGAAGCAGCAGAUUACAUUGCCAAGCUAAGACAAUUUUCACCAUGAAGGUAGGAGUUAUUGAGACCCAUCACUCCCAUGCAAUCAUUCCCAGCGUGGUGGUGCAAGACACCAGUGAGGAUCCUGGACUGACAGAGAAAGGGGAAAACAGGUUAUAACACAUAACUGUUGUUUUGAUGUUCCCUAGGAAAUGGUAUCUACCCGGUGCAUUUGCACAAUACAAUGCUAACAACAAUAGCAAUAAAGACGAAGAGAAGAAAAAGAAAAAAGAAAAGAAGAGCAAGUCAGAACAUAAAAAGGAUGGAGAAAGACAAAAGAACAAGGAAAAAAAGGAAAAACACAAAAAUAAAGAUAAGAAGAAAGAAAAGGAUGAAGAGAAGAAGAAAGAUAUUUUCAUCAUUGAUCCAGCAGGAAAUAUGUAUUACAACUGGUUGUUCUGCAUCACAAUGCCUGUCAUGUACAACUGGACAAUGAUUAUUGCUAGAGCCUGUUUUGAUGAGCUUCAGAAUGACUACUUACCUGUAUGGUUUAUUGUUGAUUAUGUUUCUGAUAUCAUCUAUAUUGCUGACAUGUUUGUACGGACAAGAACAGGUUACCUGGAACAAGGUCUUCUAGUGAAAGAAGAACAAAAGCUUAAAGAGAAAUAUAAGAGCUCCCUGCAAUUCAAAUUAGAUUUUCUGUCAAUCAUACCAACUGACCUCUUAUACUUUAAGUUAGGGCUGAAUUACCCAGAAUUGAGAAUAAACCGACUGCUCAGAGUAGCUCGGAUGUUUGAAUUUUUCCAGCGAACAGAAACAAGGACAAACUACCCAAAUAUCUUCAGGAUCUCUAACCUUGUCAUGUACAUUGUGAUUAUUAUUCACUGGAAUGCCUGUGUGUAUUACUCGAUCUCAAAAGCCAUUGGAUUUGGGGCUGACACGUGGGUCUACCCCAACACCUCUCAUCCUGAAUUUGCCCGUUUGACCAGAAAGUAUGUCUAUAGCCUCUACUGGUCCACUCUGACCCUGACUACUAUUGGUGAAACACCCCCUCCUGUACAAGAUUCUGAGUAUUUCUUUGUGGUUGUUGACUUCUUGGUGGGAGUAUUGAUUUUUGCUACCAUCGUUGGUAACGUCGGCUCUAUGAUCUCCAACAUGAAUGCUGCCAGGGCAGAAUUUCAAGCAAAGAUCGAUGCUAUCAAGCAGUAUAUGCACUUUCGGAAUGUAAGUAAAGACAUGGAAAAAAGAGUUAUAAAGUGGUUUGACUAUCUCUGGACAAACAAAAAAGCUGUGGAUGAAAGGGAAGUCUUGAAGUAUCUGCCAGACAAACUAAGAGCAGAGAUUGCAAUCAAUGUUCACUUGGAAACAUUAAAAAAAGUUAGGAUUUUUGCAGACUGUGAAGCCGGUUUGUUGGUUGAACUUGUUUUGAAACUCCAGCCCCAAGUAUACAGUCCUGGAGACUAUAUUUGCAGAAAAGGAGAUAUUGGACGAGAAAUGUACAUUAUCAAAGAAGGCAAGCUUGCAGUAGUCGCUGAUGAUGGAGUGACACAAUUCGUAGUCCUAAGUGAUGGCAGCUAUUUUGGAGAAAUCAGCAUUCUUAAUAUCAAAGGUAGCAAAGCUGGCAAUCGAAGAACAGCCAAUAUUAGAAGUAUCGGAUACUCAGACUUAUUCUGUCUGUCUAAAGAUGAUCUCAUGGAGGCUUUAACAGAGUAUCCUGAUGCAAAGGCAAUGCUGGAAGAAAAAGGUAAACAAAUCCUCAUGAAAGAUGGAUUGCUGGACAUUGAAGCUGCAAAUUUAGGAAGUGAUCCUAAAGACCUGGAAGAGAAGGUUGCUUAUAUGGAAGGAACAAUGGACAGAUUACAAACAAAGUUUGCCAGGUUGCUAGCUGAGUAUGAUGCUGCACAACAGAAACUGAAAAAAAGACUUACACAAAUCGAGAAAAUACUGAAGCCAGUGAUAGAGCAAGAAUUCUUAGACUUUGAAGAAGCAGAUCCAUCCACAGAUAAACCUGGAGUGACAAAAACAGAAUAAAAACCUAGCGAUUGGCAAUAGGACUGAAGGUCCAGUCUU